AAAUUUUGACAAUACUGCCGAGGCGGAGAGAGUUGGGUUCUGACGAAAGCGAGAGAAGAAAAGAAUCGAAACGCGUUCGGUUCAACUCUGUUCUCAGCUUUCCCUUUGAACUCUCUCUUCUCUCUCUCUCUCUCUCAGAGACUGAGUGACAUUGGAUCGAAUUUCGAUAUAUCUAGAAGCGAUGAUCGCGAACAUUACACUUUGAUCUGUUGUUUCGAUUUGACUCUGGCAAUCAGGACUUUGCUCAGGGAGUCAAUGUGGAAUGUAAUCGAAGCAUUGGAAUUUACUAUAAUUGGAUUGUGACAUGAAUCUUUUUGAGAAGCUCUGAUAAGGAAUAAAGGGUUGCAUACAUGUGCUAAAAUAAGUUCUCACCUAGAAUUUCAUGAAUACACUUGAUUUGAGUUACUUUGUAGGACUGAUAUUUCAGUGUGCAAAUAAGUGAUUCUUUCAUUGAGUGAAGUUUCCGUAGAACUUCACAACACAACCAUGAGUUUUGUUUUCCGUGGGACUAGAGCAGAUAUAGAAACUGGCCUUCCAGGAAUUAUUCCUGAAAGGCGUGCAGUGCGUGUUCAUGCUGCUCGACCAGUCAAUACCAAUUCACUUGCUUUUCUUGUUACAGUUCUGUUGCUGUUCAUGAUUCUAAACUCACACCAGAUGUCACCUAACUUCCUGCUCUGGCUAGUAUUUGGCGUCUUUUUUAUGGCAACAAGUCUAAGGAUGUAUGCAACUUGUCAGCAACUUCAAGCUCAGGCCCAAUCUCAUGCUUUGGCAGCAAGUGGGCUUCUUGGUCAUACUGAAUUACGCUUGCAUAUGCCACCAUCAAUAGCACUUGCAACCAGAGGGCGGUUGCAAGGUCUCAGACUCCAGCUCGCACUUAUUGACCGUGAAUUUGAUGAUCUGGAUUAUGAAACUUUAAGAGCACUGGAUUCUGAUAAUGUUCCCACAGUUCCUUCAAUGAGUGAGGAAGAGAUAAAUGUUCUUCCUGUUCAUAAGUACAAAGUUGCUGGCUCCCAUAGUGGUAUCUCAUCAAUGCAAGUGGCUUCAUCUUCAGCCUCUGCUGAGCAGAAGAAGCAAGACAUUGCCAAUGCAGCAGUUGGGUCCACAAAGGCCGCGGAAGAUGAACUGACUUGCAGUGUUUGCUUGGAGCAAGUCAAUGUGGGAGAACUUGUUCGUAGCCUGCCAUGUUUGCAUCAGUUCCAUGCCAUCUGCAUUGAUCCGUGGCUGCGCCAGCAGGGAACUUGUCCUGUCUGUAAAUUUAAAGUUGGGUCAGGAUUGCACAACAAUGGACAAGGCGGUAUUGAUGCUUCCUAUAUGGUUUAACAGACUUACAGAGACAUUUGUAGCUGCUUAUAAAAUCACAUAUACAGCCAUAUACCCUUGAAAUGAUUCAGAAACAAGGGAAUUCUUUAGACUAUAAUCUACUCUGGAUAAUAUAUGUAUCAAUUGGUUGGAUCUAGUACGUGGCGCCUAUGAAGUAGCGGGCUUAAUGAUAUGAUACAUUAUGAAUUUUAUUUAAAAUUAA